AUGUCGUUUGUCGCUUCCUUUAGCACUUUUGCAAUAAUUUCCUUGUCGUGUGCACAGUCCUUGCAAAUCCCCAGUUUUCUAAACGUCUUUCUUUUGCUCACAGCUUCUUUUGACAUCGCCCUUACUGGGUCUGACUUCUUAGUCAUUCUUGUGUUUCACAAAAAGUUCACUCUAAGUGAUCUGCCGGGAAUUAGCAAACAUACGUCAUCUAAGAAGCUUGCUAGCCAGUUUCACGCUCAGUGGGCCCAAGUUAAUCAGUCAUCCGACAAUGCUUUGGCAACUGCGUUGCUACGUACUAUGAGAUGGCAGUUUGCUAUGGUGGUCCUGUCACAUUUGUGCGUCGUGGCUGCGACUGUCGGCCAACCCUUCCUCGUGCUACGCUGGACCAAGAAAGCCAGCGCUGUGGAAGCCGAUAGCAAAAGCUUCGAAAGCUUAGGAAUACAUAGUGCAGCUAUUUUUAUUGGGCUUUCAGCUACGAGAAACAUUUGCGAGUAUUGGAUAGAUCGCAUCACUACAGCCGCCCGAGGCAUGCUUAUUACCGCCAUUUAUGCCAAGAUGUAUCGCCUUACUAUCGAAGACCUUGAGAUUAUUGAUACUGCCAGUUUGAUCAGCGCGGACGUCGAGGGAGUCGAGCAGGUCAUCACACUGGCGUACGAGCUCUUCUGGUUGUUCAGUCAUGUCUUGGCUGGCGUGUGGGCCUCUUACACGUUUAUCGGCCCCGCCGCUUUCUUCAUUUUUUUGCCUCGAAUUGCCACAUACCUGGGCACUUCUGUUACCAACCGAAUUACCGCGAACGCUACUAGUGAAUGGGAAAAAAUGGCUAUGGGACUGUGCGGGUCUCUGUUAAGUCAUUUAGAAGAGGAACGAGCAGUUGAGAUGAAGGCUUCGCUGCGAGAACGUCAGUCCGUUCUUUGGUUUUUCUUAUGCUCAUCCGGCAAUUGGGCAAUGUCCCCAGCACUCGCUUUCACAGCGGCGUAUUUUUGGACAAGACCUGAGAACCCAAUUUCGGCUGCGGAGGUUUUCGCCAUUUAUUCUGCGCUUCAGAUCGCUUGCUACCCUUUGCUCAUGAUGGGCCAGUAUGUAGGUAGACGAAAAAGGGGCAUUCUCUCGCUCAGUAGGAUCCAGGCAUUUCUUACCCUAGACGAGCUGAACGACCCAAGAGAGAUAGAAGCGGUAACAACACAGCAACUGUCUAGCCCAUCCACACGGCCGCUUGCCAUCAAAAUCAGCGAGGUCUCGGUAACGUCACCGUCACAUGGUCCUGUCUUGAAGCAAGUCAACAUGAGAAUUCCAGAGGGCGAUCUGGCGAUGAUGUGGGGUCCCAUCAGGUGUGGCAAGUCUACCUUGAUGAAGUUACUCCUAGGCGAGGUGGAGCUAAACACAGGGACUGUGUCGAUUGCUUCAAGUAAAAUAUCUUACUGCAGCCAAGAGCUAUUCAUUCCAGACUGCACCUUUCUCGAGGCUGUUAUAGGAGCCCUCAACUUUAUCGCUGCUCGUUAUAGGGCCGUCGUCGGUGCCUGCGCCCUGGAUGAAGAACUCGCUUUAUUGCCAGAUGGCGAUCGAACCCGAACGGGAAGAAACGGCUGUUAUCUCAGCGGCGGCCAACGUCAACGAUUAAGUCUCGCCCGUGCCGUAUACGCCCAGAACGAUAUAAUGGUCCUCGACGACAUGUUCAGUGCUAUAGACCCUGCAACGGCCAGCUUGAUAUUCGACCGACUUUUCGGUCCUGAUGGCAUGGUACGCCAGUGGAGCUGCACAGUCAUUAUGACAACCAAUCGCCUCGAGCUUUUGGACCAUGCGGAUCAUGUUUACCAGUUCACUAAGGACGGCCGAGUUGAAAAGCAAGAAAGUUCAUCCAAUGGAUCUUCAUCCGGUGACUUCACUGGCAGCAAUUAUAGCUCGAUUGUCGACAGUGCGGCUUGCACUGAUAACGAUGGAACAGACACCACCAAUAACACAAAUAACAGUGAUGCUACCGAGCUUUUGGACACUGAGCUACCGCUGCCGCGGGUGGUGCAAACGGCUAGUCAAACUCAACCCGAGAACAAUGGCACAGCCGCCGAUAUUACGCUCUAUUUGUCUGCCUUGUUUUCGGCCGGCUUUAUUCGAAUCAGUGGCUGGCUUUCCCUCUUAACCAUAGCUGCAAUCGGCCAAUCCAUACCGAUGGUCUACAUCUUUUACUGGCUCGCGAGGAUUCCUGAAAACCCAUACCUCCACCUUGGAUAUGCCGCGUCCUGCGUUUUCUGUGUAUUCACGAAUGUUGUGAGCGGCGCAUUUUAUUUCACAUUUAUUCUUCCCGAGCCUGGUAGACUUUUGCAUCAGAAUCUAUUGCAAGCCGUCAUGGGUGCGACACCGAAGUACAUCGACGAAGUGGGCGGCAGCUCUUUGCUACACAGACUUGGUCCAGACCUCUCCUUUGCUGCACGCAGGAUGGGAGUCCUUGCAAAUCAAUCUCUAUUUAGUCUGAUUGAUCUCUUAGUAGAGAUAUCCUUCAUUGCUUCUGGAUCACCAUCUCCCGUGCAAACGACAUUUUUCAUUGUGGCCAUGUAUGGCGUCAUACAAGCAUAUUCGCAGCUUCGGCUGGCGGACAAUCUUCCAUGGUUACAUCUAGGCACGGACGUUAUCACAGGUGCUGCAGCUAUCGCCUUGUUCCAAGCGCUUUCCUCUAAUGAGGGGCAUAUCUCGACUUUCACGACAGGACUUGCCUUGAAUUGCAUCUUUUACAACAACGUCUCGGCGUCCCGACACAUAAAGUCCUUCACAUCGUUUAUUCUAAGCCUGGAAUCUAUGCGCCACAUUCACAACUUUGUGACGGACACGCCUCAGGAACAAAAUGCUGUUGCGGAGCCCUCGCUUCCUGACGUCUGGCCCAGUGCUGGGAAGUUAGAAUUCAACGCCCUGACUGCAUAUUAUACAAAUCGCGACGGAGUGACGCACACGGCUCUAAACAACAUAACUCUAACCAUUCGGGCGGGUCAGAAAGUUGGUAUCAUGGGAUGUACUGGAAGUGGCAAAUCGACAUUCUUGUCGUCUAUACUUCGUAUAGUGGAUCAGACAGGAAGUAUUAGCAUUGACGGGCUUGACACCCAGACUAUUCCGCUUGAGCCUUUUCGCUCCCGAAUUACAACUAUGACUCAGGACGGCCUUCGAAUUGACACGAGUCUACGAUUUAAUCUGUACCCAUAUGGCGGGUCGCAGCCAUCUGACGAACACAUUAUAUCCUUACUGCAGCGACUUUAUCUAUGGAUACACGUUACCGGCCACGGCGGGCUUAACGCCAAGUACUCUAAGAUGAAGUUUACCGCGACGCAAAUGCAGCUCGUGCAUCUCGCGCGUGCGAUUCUGCACCAUUCCACCACGGACAGCAAAAUUGUGCUGAUUGAUGAGGCGAGCAGCGCUAUAGCUGCCGAGACUGAGGACGAGUUCCAGGGACUUAUUGAUGACUUUUUUAUUGACUGCACGUUGAUUGUGGUUUCACAUUCUACUCAUGUUUUAAAUAGCGCUGAUUUGCUCCUGCAAUUUGAUGGUGGUAUGCUAGACAAGGUGCUUCGUCGCCGCGCGAAUGGGCGAUUGGUGGAGGUUGAUAUUUAG